CCUACAUCUUUGUCCCGAGAGAGUUUUAAAUGAAACAGGAGUGUGAUCGAGUGCAUAGGAGAUGACGAAUUGAUCAACAAGUGCUAAAUUGUAACAUGGCAGGUGUCGUUUUGGAAAAUUUGAGUUGGAGAAAGCUCAUAGCCCUUGGAGUAUUCCUUUUGAUUUUAAUGAUCACGUUCUUUUUAGUCGGAGGAAUUGUUUCACCAAAGCCAUCCAAUGUUGUCACUGUGUUGGCCACCAAAUGCUACGAUAGAGGAAGCAGGUUAAACAGGACAAAAUGGUUCAUUCCGCGGGGUCCACAUAAAUGUGAGGAACUGCCAUCUCUAGACCCGUAUGAUGAGAACAUCAUAAAAAAUUCCAUCACCGAGAAGCAGGUAGUGUUUUCCUUCUGGAUCCCAGGGCCAAGAGACGGGGCCGAGAGGAAAAUGUCUCCCCUGUUCCAGUCCAUGUUAGGAGUCCUACAGCUGGAUGUGGAAAAAAACUUACAAGUACCACUGUCUAAGGACCCCAUUCUCCAGCUGGAUGUUCGUAUGGGGGUCAGAGACGAAGAGGACCAAGACGAUGACUGGAAACUCCUGGCAAGCUCUGUGGAAGAUCGCAAUCUACAGUGUAAGCUGGACAAGAACAAAUUGGAGGGCUAUUUGUAUGACUGUGAACUCCUGCAGCUUUUUGAGCUGGGAAGCAUCCAUCAUCAUUUCUAUUUGGUGAAUAUCAGGCUUCCUGUUAAUGCCUUGAAAGGCUUCAAUGUUGGUAUCGGCAAAUUGGUGGAUAUGUACAUUCAUGUAAUACAUCAGAAUGGAGGGUUCACCAUUGUGUGGGUGACAAUGAAGAGUGUGAUGUUCUUACUGGUCCUGUCUAUACUUAUCUGGUUCUGGAGGAGGAUCAUGCAGCUAGGGAGGCCACCAAAUCUGUUAGAAAGAACUCUGUUUGCCUUAGGAGUAGUUAUGUCAAUCCUUAAUUGUCCCAUUGAGCUGCUACAGUUUGGCCUGAAUGUCCCCUUCAUGCUGCUAUUGAAUGACAUCCGUCAGGGAGCAUUCUAUGCUAUGUUGAUGUCAUUCUGGGUUAUCUUUGCUGGCGAGCAUAUCAUGGACCAGACAGAGAGAAAUCGCCUGAGCCUGUAUUGGAAACACCUGUCGGCCAUUAUCUUUGGAUCUAUCUGUCUCUUUGUCUUUGACAUGUGUGAAAGAGGAAUCCAACUGAAGAAUCCAUUCUUCAGCAUAUGGGUGUCCAGUGCUGGAACCAAACUAGCUCUUGCCUUCAUCAUCUUGGCAGGAAUUGCAGCAGGAUGCUACUUUCUGUUUCUGUGUUACAUGAUUUUCUGUGUGAUGAAGAACAUAAGUGCAAAGAAGGCCUCGUUACCAAGCAUGAGUCAAUUACGUCGAAAAUACUACUUGGGCAUUAUUUACCGAUUUCGCUUCCUGAUGCUGGCCACCCUGGUUUGCGCUGCCUUCACUGUCAUCUUUUUCAUCAUCUCUCAGCUGAAUGAGGGAGAGUGGAGAUGGGGAGAUCAUGAACUCAGUAUGGAGUACACCAGUGCAUUUUUCACAGGAGUGUAUGGUAUGUGGAAUGUGUAUGUCUGUGGCCUGCUGUCUCUGUAUGCACCAUCUCAUAAAACAGUCGUAGAAAUCGACUCAGCUGAUGGCUCUACUGAAGAAAACGUUCAGCUGACUCAGUUACCCACCGCACCCUCUGAAACAUCUGCUCUUCAAGCACUUACGUCGAAGGCUGCCCAGGACUAGGGUAAUUUGUAGCUUACCAUUGUUGGAAUAUGAUAUGGAAAACAUUUGAAGAAGGACUUUUGUCUUGUUUGUAGCUUUGCAUUUACAGAAAGAACAGUAUGGAAUCUAAUUUGUGUGUAAGAAAAGGAACAAAAUGGAUUUAGAAUCUCUAAACUUUUUUGAUAUGCUGAAUUUGCCCUAAAAAGUUGCAGUCUUUUUAGUUCUGUUGUGAUGAUCUUCCUUGAAAUGGAUCCAUGUCUGACAAAUAAAAAAAAAACAGCAAUAUAUAUUUAUUUUUGUGAUAGAAAUGUGUUCUUGAUUUAUUUUAUAGAUCUGACUUGCAUUAUAUGAUUCUAUUUACAAGUAGUUGUGACAUUUUAUAAUUGGUAUAUCAUAUUACUUACUAUGCUAUCGUUAUUUAUACAUGUAUUUAUAAAACAAACUAUCUAAUUAUGUACAUUUUUAUUAUCUUUAGACCUCCUCUCAUAUUUUUGAUUACUAAAACUUCCUUGAUUUUAAUGAGGUGACUAGAAUUGAACAAUGGAAUUUUGUUUCUUGGCAUUAUUUCCUCUUUAAAAGAGGAACAUUUACGCACACAACUCAUUGUCUGCAUUUUGGAAAAUUUGAAAUGUAUUAGAAGUACUUAAUAUGGAGUUGAACUCCAGAUGCUUUAAUCAAAAUGGAUUUUCAUAUACAUGGCUAUUACUUUACCCCCACAAUUUUUUACAUGUGUUUGUAGAUAUGUUAUGAAUUUGUAUUGUGAUUUUUUUUCCCCAAGUAUACUUUUACCAUACAAUAAUAUACAAUUUAUUAUGUGGAAUAUUUAUAUUUGUUUUACAUUAUGUUCAUUUGUGUGUACUUUCAAAGUCACAUGAUUUAAAUCCUAUUUUUGAAGUAAAAAACUUUUUUAAAGAGAUAAGUGUUUCACAAUGCUAUGUGUUUUUCUCUGGGAGGAAAACAUGAUUUUGAACACUUGUUUAGAAAGAUCUGGUAUGAAAUGGAAUUCUGAAGUCUUGUGUUUAAAGAGGGUCGCAAAUAUCAAAGACUUUAAAAAAGAAAGAAUUUGCACUUCUUUGCUUUUUUAUGAAAACCAUUUAUUGAAGAUGCAGAAAGCCAAGUGGAAUUUGAUACGUUUAAUAUUUUUAUAUCAUAUGUUAAAUACCUGGUGAAUACAUGUGCAUGUAUUUUACCAUGCAGCCUUUAUAACAGUGUCUGCAUCUUUGGAUGUGUACAGUCAGAAGUUUAUAAUAGGAAUCCCACUUGUUUUCAUUUCUUAUUAAAUGUAAUCUGCUAUCUAUUUCACGUUUUCUGAUAUUGUGCAAAGGCAGAAGUUUUUGUUUUUGAUGGGGAGGGAUUAUCAUACUCUUCAGAAUUCAAUUCAUCUUUUUAUGAACUCAAAACUAUGGGGAAGGGAGGGGGUAAACCUUACAAAUCACCAAAUUCUAUCCUCACUGCUAUGGGAAUAUAAAUGUCUGAUAAUUUUAUAACGUCUGGUAUUCAUGCUUUCAUGGAACCUGAUGGUAAUCUUUAAGUAAUGUAAGUAAGAAUUUCCAGAAUUACAAGUUUCUAGGAAAUGUUUAGGUUGUGAUGUGUUUUAUUUUCCAUUUCCUUUUGUUCAUGUAGAGUGUAUUUACUUUUUUUGAAGCAGAUUAGCAUUUUUGUACGAUUCCUUGUAAUUAAGUUUUUUUGAGCUUUGAAAUAAAUGUUUUAUUAAUUUA